AACUAUAAGCAAUGGCUGCAAAUGGAAGAAUCUUUAGAGGUGCCCAUGAAGCAAACAAGUCAAGUUAUAGGACAUGAUGAAUCUGCAGAGCUCACCUCUGAGGCAUGGCAGCACAAGGAGAUAUCAAUGGGGCUAAGAAAGUCAAAGAAUCAAAGUAUGAAAUCUCCAGGGACAACCCCAGGACCAUUGGAUCAAACUGUAGAAUUUAUAAGGAUUAGUCCAGAACCACUGGAUCAAGUCACAGAAUCUGCAAGGACACAGCUUCACGUUGCUCAGUCUGAAGAGGUAACCCUUGUAGAUGUCCCAAAAGUUGUUCAAUCUGAUAAAGUGGCCCCUGGACCACCAUUUCAAGUUGUAAAGUCUAUGACAAUACCAAGGCUAACCCCUCAAGUGGUAGAAUAUAUUGAGGUGACUCCAAAACUGCAGGAUGUGAGACCUUCAGAGAUCCCCUCAGGGCCAUGGUUACAAGAUGUGAAAUCUAAGAAAUUAAUCACAAAACCAAAACACCAGAUUGUGGAAACAAUGGAGUUGACAGGGUUUCAAAUUGUAAAAACUAUGUUAAUCCCAGGGCCACCCCUUCAAAUUGUAAAAUCUGAGGAAUUAGCACCAAGACCAAUUCCUCAGGCUGUAGAACUAAUAGGAGUAGCCCUAGAAUCAGAAAUAGAAGCAAUAAAUUGUGUGAAUUUACUUCCAAGUCCACAUCUUCAAGAACUGAUAGUACCUGUAGAAUCAACUCUAAGGCCACAUAUUCAAGCGAAAUCUGAAGAAUUAACCUCACAACAAACAUCUCCAUUUAAGGAACAUACAAUAUUGACUCAUCAACAAGGACUUCAGGCUGUGAAAUCUACAGUGACAAAAACAGAGCCUCCUAAAGUUAUGAAAUCUGAGGAUUUGAAUCUAGGACAGGUGUGUCAGAAUAGGGACUGUGGGAAGUUAACAUCAGACAAGUUACAAGUGGGGACUGACUUCUCUAGGUUCCUACAUAGCUCUUCAACCUCACUUAUUUCAAGCUCUAUCAAAACAGCAUCUGAAUUAGGACUUUGGGAUUCUGGGAUAGAGAAAGUAUCCAGAGCUUUGGAUGUAAAAAACCUUGGGACAGAUAUUUUGCAGCAUGAAGAGACAUAUCUAGACCCUACUAUGAUGCAAUCUUUAACUCUUCCCUUGGCCCUUCAUAAUCAAAGCUCUGAUAAGACAACUAACAUUGUGGAAAACCCAUGCCCUGAGAUUCCAGGAGUAGAUGCC